UUAAGAAUUGUAUUUUCGUUUUUCCUUCUAUAAAAUUACUUUCGUCUCAUGUGCUUCACUAACGAAGUAGCACGGAACAAGAAAGCAGCAAAACAAUGGCGACUUCUCUGCAUUCUCUAAACUCUACACUCUUCAAAUCCUUGGCUUCCUCCUCCAACAAAUCCUCUUCGUCUCUCUCACCAUCUCCUGUCUUCCGACUCAAUUCCACCUCCGCGGCUUUCAAUUUCAAACCACUUACUUCCUCCUCCUCCUCCUCCGCGAUCAUCACACGCGCCGUCGCAUCUUCCUCCGAAUCAGGCGAGUCGCAUACCAGAGAGACAUUUCACGGCCUCUGCUUCGUCUUGAAAGACAACAUAGACACCGAUCAGAUCAUCCCCGCCGAGUACGGCACUCUCAUCCCUUCGAUUCCAGAAGACCGGCAGAAGCUCGGCUCGUUCGCGCUCAACGGCUUACCAAAGUUAUACAGUGAACGUUUCGUGGUUCCAGGGGAGAUGAAAUCGAAGUACUCAGUCAUCAUCGGCGGUGAUAACUUCGGCUGCGGAUCUUCCCGCGAACACGCUCCGGUCUGCCUCGGAGCUGCGGGAGCUAAAGCCGUGGUGGCGGAAUCGUACGCUAGGAUCUUCUUCAGGAACUGUGUAGCUACAGGUGAGAUCUUCCCGUUGGAAUCGGAGGUUAGGAUUUGCGACGAGUGUAAGACAGGGGAUGUGGUUACCGUCGAGCACAAGGAAGACGGUAGUAGUUUGCUGAUCAAUCAUACGACGAGGAAAGAAUAUAAUCUGAAACCACUCGGUGAUGCAGGUCCGGUGAUCGACGCCGGUGGAAUCUUCGCUUAUGCUAGAAAAGCCGGCAUGAUUCCUGCGUCGUCCUCUGCUUGAGUCGGAUCCAUAAUUUCUGGUUUAGUCCGGUUUGGUUUUAUUUGAUUCGAUAACCGGUAAUCUUGAAACCAACUAGACGCUUCCUUUUAUUCUCUCUUUUAGGAUGCAUGUUUCAGCUGCUUAGAUACAUUUGCAUGUCCUUUCGAACUCAAAGUUUUAAGCUUUCCUCUUCUGCCUUUUUAAUCUGUAGCAAAGUUUUUGACGAAGAUUUCUGAUCUCUUUCAAUUGUAUUUUUGCUUCUUAUCAUAUAAAUAUAUUAUAUAUAUACGGUUCACUGCUAUUUUUUUGUUCUGUAUUUAAGUUGAGUUGUGUUU